UUGUCAAACUUGAUGAGCGAGGAUAGAGAUACUCUGCUCGCUCAUCCUCCAGAUGAGGAACGAUGCCAGGCUGCCCCUCGCACUGCAUUUCGCUCCAACCGACGACGAAAAAUUCGUCGUGGCUGGGUCGCUUGUCUCGUCAUGACUGGGUUCUUGAUGUUCUUAGUCAUGAUGCUUGCUGCAUCUUUUACCGCACGAAUUUACCUUGCCACUGCGAGUGAGAAUAUGAGCCCAGAAUGUAAACUGCCGCUGGACUCUGGUUUCGGCGAUCAACCGGUUCCACUGUGGGGAUGGACUAGCAAAGAAGGUCGGUGUGUGCAGUUCACGUACCAAGGUCAAGGUGGUAAUGCCAAUCGCUUUCCGGAUGAAAAAAGUUGUGAACAGAAAUGCCCUCCUCGAGUGCUUGUUUGA